AUGGCGUGGCUUUUCCCCGCAGCAGAACAGCAGUGGGCGCAUUCGUGUUGCAGCGCAAGCUCUUUGGAAUCUGCCUUUCAGGGUCCAGUAACAGCCAUUGAAGCUGACAUUUUGAUGGGUACGAUUGAGUCGGAACAUGGGGAGGUGCCCAUUAUGGCGCAUCCACCUUGCAGAACUUCGGAUUUGUCGUUUGAAGAUUUCUGGCAGAGGUGUUUGGCAGAAGCCCGACAUCAUUUGAAAUUGGACUUUAAGGACCUUCGAUCUCUGCAGCUCUGCCUUCCCACAGUGCAGGCUUCAAAGUGCCGUUUGGCGGCGCAGGGCCAGGGCGUGUGGAUCAAUGCGGACAUCUUGCCAGGCCCCAACCGACGUGAGCCUUGCCCAAUCCAAGCGGAAGACUUCAUGAUGGCGGUGAAACAGUGGGCCCCCGGUGUGCCAUUGAGCUUGGGAUGGAGAGUGUCGCUUGCUGGCAGUGAUGCGUAUACUGCUGAUGACGUUUCCCGUAUGUUGCAGGUCUGUGACUCCUUAGAAGCUGAGAGACCUGAGAAAUCUGAGAAAUCCCUGCUGGUUUUUGCCAUCAGCGCUCGUUUGGCCUUGCGCGAUCCUGGCCCUUUGCUGCAGCUACUGGAGCAGAAACCCUUGAGCCAACUGCUGUUGUGGACGGGUACUGGAGAGCCUGCCCUUCACGCAUCAAGCUGUUCCAAGCUGUCAAAGAGCUUUCCGGAAGACCGCGUCGGAAUGGAUUGCCGAGUCACUGAGUCAGCCUGGGAAGCGGCAUCAAAUGGGUUCAAGUUAACGUGCCUCGCAUGCCUUGCUCGUGUGGGAAGACUAGUCCCAUGUUUGAUGUGUAGCUGAGAACGACCAUGGACAUGGACAUCAUAGUUCAAAGAUGUUCCAAGCCAGUGGUGAAAGUGGUGUCACCGACCAAUCUUUCAGGAAGCUGGCGGACGAUUGCAGUAGGACUUCUUCUUGUUGCAUUGGUGAUUGAGUUUGCAUCGACAAUGAGACUUACCCGACGGGAGUACCUUUGGGUGGAGCAAAACACUUGGUUGCAGUCACAACAUGACAUUCCCAGCAGUCAGAAGGAACUUUUGAGGACUGUUGCUCAUUGAUUCAGAGGGGUCAGGCUCUGGAGUUUCGUAAGAUCUCAUCCAUCUCACCUUAUCCGUUCCAAAGCAUUGUAUAUUUAAGCCAUUAUUUGCCUCAGGAUCAAACAUUUUUAGAUGGAAGUGUUGAAUUGUUCGCUCAGCCAGUUCUUGGUGUUUGAAAGUUUGAAGAAAUCCACCGCCUUGGAGCACAGAUGAAAGGUCGAUUAAGUGCCAGGCUACAAAUUCUCAUGCAAAUAUUGUUUGAAAGAUUAGAAGCCAGCAUGCUAUUUCUAAACUCGGAGGCGUUCUUUUCUUUCAAAGAAUGUUCUCCCAGUCCACAAUUAUUAAGCUCAAGCUCUCUCAUCAGCUGCCGGCAAAAUGUGGAGAAAAG